CGCAGCGCAGCGCCGCAGCGCGCCGCCCCACGCCGCAGACGUGAAAUGAUGAAAUCAAGAAGCGUUUGGUUCUCUCUCGUGUUGCUUGGGGUUUUCCCGUCGGUCAUGAGGGGAUGGAUGGAAUCGGACCGGAGCAGAAGGCUGUAUCCGGAUGCAGGAAGGUUGCAUCAAGAGGACUCCAGAAGACUUGAAGUUGCAAGAAAAAAAGCGGUGUCCGGGCAGGACGGGCUGCCCGCGUCGUGCGAGCACAAGUUCUGCGGCCGGGGCAGCGAGUGCGUGGUGAGCGCGGCGAGCGGGCGGCCCGAGUGCCGCUGCGUGCGCGGCUGCAAGCCCCGCUACGUGCCCGUGUGCGGCUCCGACGGCCGCCUCUACGAGAACCACUGCCAGCUGCACCGAGCCUCCUGCCUGCAGCGGAGGAAGAUCUACAUCAGCCACAGCAAGGACUGCUUCUUCAAAGGCCACCGCACGUGGCAAAAGGAGAAGGAAGAGCUGCUGAGACAAAGUCGGACGGGCAGGUGA